CCCUAAUUUUCUCUGGAUCUUUAAUCCGUUUGGGCCAGCCCAUUACGAGAAUUUGGGUGUAUUAAAAAAAGCAAAAUUAAACUUUAAUCACGCCUAAUUCAAACACCCUCGAUUUCGAAAAAAGCGCCUAUAAUCCAUCUAUCAACCUUUUUUCAAAUUAAAAUCAUCAUCAACAUCUGCUGUUUCAGACCACCAUUGAACCCUUAACAGCAACCUUAAACCAAUAACCAACACCAAUGGGAGUCUUACAACAGUCCUCCUGGUGUUUCUGCAACCGCAUAUGCAAGUCGGAGAAGACAAAAUCCGCCAUUUUUUCCGGCAAAGCUCCGUCAAUGGCUCGAAUUGGCACCGGUACUGCCUUCCUUAUUCACCGGAACCUUCUUCUUACUACUCACGCUAUCCUCCCCUCUGUCUCCGCCGCUCACGCCGCCGACAUCCGCCUCCACAACGGUGCUCGUGCUUCUCUUUUUCCUCAUAGGUUCUUCAUUACGAGUCCGAUCCUUGAUCUAACUAUCGUAUGGUUAGACGCCAUUGAUGCAGACUCAAACGCCUCGAGUCAACAACACUCUCACUAUUUGAAACCGUGUUCUAAACCGAAUCUAGACCUUGGUCGUAUGGUAUACCUUUUAGGCUACACCGAGAAGAACGAUCUAACCAUCGGUGAAGGAAAGGUGGUUAUAGCCACAGACAACCUCAUAAAAGUUCGACCCGAUGGUGUAACCUGGAGCCCGGGUUCAGCUGGUUUUGACGUACAUGGUAAUCUUUCGUUCAUGGUUUGUGAUCCUAUGAAGCUAGCCACGUCACCAACCGCAAGAUCAUCGUCGACUUCGUCUUCUACUUCAUCCGGUGAAAAGAAUUCGGUAACGCAGUUUGGCAUCCCGAUAUAUAUAAUUUGCGAUUGGUUGAGUCAGCAUUGGGAAGGGAGUCUUGAUGAUUUUGUAAGUAAACCGAAGCUGCCGAUUAUUCGGUUGAUGGCGACGGGUCAAAAGAGCGAGCACUCGUGUUCGUCGUUUACCAGACGGCAGGUUUUUAAAAUGACUGAAAACGAGAACGAGGAUCAACCGGGGCCUAGUUCUUCCCAAGAUGAAACACCGCCAGUUGACCAACGUCUUACGAUUACCGAGAUUUAUGAAUCGCCGAAAUUGACCUCCGACCCGUUUAGGAAAACCGAAAAAACACAAACGCACCUCUUGGAUAUCAACUUCCCGCCUAGGACAACCGUGGGAAACAAAGAAGUUCAUUCGAGCAGUAAAGAAAAGUCAAAGUCAAAGUCAAAGUCAAACCCGAUAGCUGAAGCUGAGAUAGUUUCAACAGGGUCUGUAAACGGGGCCCACAGCGAGGUUCAGUCAUGUGCAUCCCCGAUCGAGUUAGCGCACGAACAAAACGGGUAUUCUAGUGACGGACAGACGACAAUGUACUCUGCGGAAACAGCCGAGAGUCGUAACUACCCGAGCCCGAAAGAGGGCCGGUUUCAUCAGCAGCAGGUAGGGAGAAGCCAGAGCUGUGUAAGUUAUAAUAGAUGGGGGUCGGGUUCAGUCCAAAGGAACCCGAUUGCUCGAAGAGGUACAUAUGGUUAUUCACAAGCUACGACUUCGCAAAGGAGUAAUGACUAUUAUAGCCCUACCGUGUCUUCAAUCAUGAAAAACCAGAAUAACUCUGAGCGGUUGCCUAGUAAGCGGAGGUCGAAUGCAUCCCGUUCAUCUCCAAAAUGGAUGUUUUAGCUUCGUUUUUGACGUUAACUGUACCGUUUAUAUGUUCUGUUUCAUUUUUCGAGUAUAAUGGAAAUCUUUACAAAAAGUUU